AUGACCGAAGAGAAACGACCUGCAUUCGGUUCUCGACAUUUAUCCGAUGAAAAAGACGUAUUUUCUCAUAAUGCUUGGGAUGAUGUUGAAUGGAGUGAAGAACAAAGUGAAGAAGCUAAUGCUAUAAUAGAAAAACAAUAUGAACAGCGAAUGUCUCAGACAAAAUGGGAAACUGUUGAAUCUAAUUUACCAUCAGCAUGGAAUCAUUUUUAUGAUAUACAUGAAAAUAAAUUUUUUAAAGAUCGUCAAUGGUUAUUUACGGAAUUUCCUGAAUUAAUACAAUCCGAUCAAAAUCAAUCGAUGACUAUAUUAGAAGUUGGAUGUGGUGUUGGUAAUUGUAUAUUUCCAAUAAUACGUACAAAUAAUCUAAGUCAAAAUUCGAAUAUGUUUCUUUAUUGUUGUGAUUAUUCUUCGACAGCUAUUGAUAUAUUAAAACAAAAUUCGGAAUAUAAUACAAAUUAUUGUCAUGCAUUUGUUUAUGAUAUAACAAGUUUAGAAUCCUUGCCAGUUAAAGAAAAUUCUCUUGAUAUUAUAAUAAUGAUAUUUGUUUUAAGUGCAAUACAUCCAUCCAAGCAUGAUGAAGUUAUAAAAAAUCUUGUUAAAUAUCUUAAACCAGGCCAUGGUAAAUUAUUAUUUCGUGAUUAUGGUUUAUAUGAUAUGGCGCAGUUAAGAUUUAAAAAUGAUAAAUGUAUUGAAAAAAAUCUUUAUGCAAGAUCUGAUGGAACAUUAACAUAUUUUUUUCAUCAAGAUCAACUUGAUCAGUUAUUUACUCGAAAUGGUCUUGUCAAAGAACAAAAUAUAGUUGAUCGAAGAUUACAAGUUAACCGUUCGAGACAAUUGAAAAUGUAUCGAAUUUGGUUACAAUGCAAAUAUAUAAGAGCAUAG